AUGGAGGCUGUAGAGGUUCAUGAUAAGGAACACCUACCCAAUGACUUUUAUCCCAACCCUGAAUCUAACCCUAACAGCGUCUCUUCACCUCAAGAGUCCACCAUGAGCACACCAGUGGUAGUACGGGACAUUGACCCCCCUCCUAAACCAACAUGGAAGGGAGCCAAGAUAGUGGAUAAAAGCUUGUGGUUCAAGGCUGAACUUGGGCCUCUCAAGAUUAAACUUAACCCUCUAGUUUCUGUUGUUAGUUUUCUUUUGAUCCUCGCGUUUAUUUUGUGGUGCAUUCUUGCCAAGGAACAUGCAAAUGAGAGUUUUGGUUCUGCUAAAACCUGGAUAACCACAACCUUUACGUGGCUGUAUGUGGGGUCUCAGGACGUAUGGGCACUGGCUAUUAUUGCUAUCUACUUCAGCAAAUAUGGCAAGCUCAAGAUGGGACAAGAUGACGAAAAGCCGGAGUAUAACGAUGGUACUUGGUUCGCCAUGUUGUUCGCGUGCGGUGUUGGAGUUGGCCUCUUCUUCUUCGGUGUUUCUGAGCCAGUGUGGCACUACGUGGGACCCAACCGUUACACCGCAGACAAAUACAUGCCGGACAACGAACUGGCCCAGUGGGCUAUCAACCUGACAUUCUUCCACUGGGGAAUACACGGCUGGAUUGUGUACGUGGUUAUAGGUAUCAUCCUGGGGUUCCUGACCUUUAGGAAGGGAAUGCCAAUGACCAUGAAAACUUGUUUCUACCCUCUGAUUGGGGAUAGGAUCUAUGGUUGGAUCGGAGAUUUGAUUGAUAUCUUCUCUAUUCUGACUACGUUGUUUGGAGUGUGUACAUCUCUGGGGUUGGGAACUAUGCAGGUUAACAAAGGACUAAACUAUUUGAACGAAGAUAUCGCAGUGAGCACUGGAAACCAGGUAAUCAUCAUAUGGGCGAUCACAGCAGUGGCUACCCUGUCCGUUAUAUCCGGGGUAGGUGUGGGUAUCAGGCGUCUUAGUGAGAUCUGCUUCGGACUGGGUAUGGUUAUCAUGCUCAUGGUGCUCUUCCUGGAGGAUACAUGGUAUUUACUCAACCUUUACUGUCAGAGUAUUGGUUUCUACAUACAGUGGAUAUUGCAGCUAGGCUUCCACUGUGACGCAUUUGAACUCAAAGGAGACGGUCCUGAGAACUGGAUGGACGGAUGGACUAUUUUCUACUGCUGGUGGAUCUCGUGGUCCCCAUUGGGGGCAGGUUUUAUCGAAAUAUCUCGCGGCAGAACCAUACGACAGUUUAUCAAACGCUGCCUGAAGAAACACAAGAUGGAAGGUUUGUGGGCCUCUAUUGGGGGCAGGAUUGUGUGGCUAGUCUGGAUAGCCCUCAUGAUCGUAAGAGAUUUGGCUAUCCUCCACAGUGCUCACUGGAAAGCAGGAUGGUAUCUACGCGUUGGGCUGGGUAUUAUACCUGGGUUCGUUAGUUAUAUUCACAGCAACCAGGUAUCCAUUAGGAACCGUUACGGAAUAAACGGUACCAUAGAGGAUUUCUUUGCGGUGUUGUUUUGUGUAUCCGAUGCGUGA